AUGGAGAAGGUGUUUUCUGGGCCUGUGUCUGAGCUUUGGGAUGUACUUUUGUGUGUGCCUGAGAGGAUUAGGAUUAAGGUGAGUAGGGGCCUGAUUGAGGAGCUGGCGGGUCUGGCUAAGAACCACUUUAGAGGCACUUGUCUUGAGAAGGUGAAGGAAAAGCUUGAAUCUUUGAGUAGGUUGAAUGAAAGGAAAGAUGUCCUCGACACCGUUGAUGGGGCGCAAAGGGCCGUGGAUAGCAUAAUCAGGUCUCUUAGUUGGAGUGAUGGAACAGCAGGAUUGGAAGAGGCUGAUUUGAAUGAUGUCUUUCCCUUAGUAACAAAGAGUUGUUCGAUUGUGGAUUCUAUUGAAUAUCUUUCAGAGGGCAUCCGUGAGGGAAGUGUAUGUACCGGGGACUUUGAGACGAAGAGGCUUAUCCUAACAUCGACGGAGAGGGUUUUGGAGGCGUAUAGGAGCUUUUUUGAGAGUCUUCUGAAAGAUAAAAAUCUAGUGGGCAGAUUGGAUUUGGUCGAGAGAGAAGGAUUCAUUGAGUUUCCCAACUUGGUUUCCGAUAAGUGCAAUGGUGUUCUCGAGUAUCUUAAGGAGAAAAGAGACAAACUGCCAGAGUGGAUUGAUGAGUUGGAUGUUUCACAGGUGGCGAGAGAUAGGCUUAAGAAGUUUGAAGAAUGUAGCAACGCUGUGAGCGGUCCUAUAAGGAAGCUCCUGUGUGGAUGCCGUAGGGCUGGUAAGUCGAAGUACAAAUUUACUAUUGCUGGGGAUUUAUUAGACUUAGUUUUAGAUCUUAAAGAUAAAUUAGCAGGGGUUGAUCCCGAUAUAUUCGAGUGUUCUGUGGAAGGUAUAUUAGGUGGUAUUCAGUGGCAGGCACCUUCUGGGUUGUUUGAGGGAGAUUUUGCGGAGAAGAAAGGAACGGGAGCAGGGACUGCGAUUAGGGAUCUGUAUGCCAUCUUUGCUGUUGUGUUGUGUGUCCAUUUUAUUCUGUGUGAGAGUAUCAAGGAGGACAGACUUGCCAGGGCAUGGAGCACGGGAUUGUAUUCUGUUUCUGCGGGUGGGGCAAUGGUAUAUCUACUAUGGGUUGUCGGACGGGACUAUUCACGUGACGGGAUGUCGGGGAUGGACGGCGAUUGCAGGUAUGGUGCCAGUGGCUGUUGGACUUGUCCAUGGGGGUUUGGAAGGAGCGGUGUGCAGAGUGCAACGAUGAUGGGGAUAGGUUUUGUGACGUUGUGGGCACAGUACUUUGCAGGCAAGGGAAUGGGGUAG